AUGAGCUCGACGUCGGGGCUCAAGAUCCCGCUGCUCCUGGCCGUCGCGGCUGGCGCACACGUCACAAUGACGCCGCCCAACCCUCCCCCCGCCGAGAAGGACCGGCUGCCCCCGAGCGGGCUUGAGCAUGCUGCGCCGCGGCUGUUCCCGCUGCUCCUCAAGGGCUUCUUCUGGACCUGCGGGAUAGCGGAGAUUGCUCUGCUCGCGGCCGAGCACUUAUCCGGCUCUCUAUUGUCUGCCGACACAGCAACACAGAUACUCCGACGUCUCGACCCUCUAAAUGCUUCCGGUAAGCUCUCACUCACCACGCCCUUCCUCAUUGGCGCGGCAUUCAACCUCCUCGGCUCUGCGCUUCGCCUCCACUGCUACGCCCGAUUGCGGCACUUUUUCACCUUCGAGCUGGCGCUGCAUCCCGAACAGCAUCUUGUAACCAACGGUGUCUACGGGCUGGUGCGCCACCCAAGCUAUACUGGCGCGCUCCUAUCUGGCGUCGGCGUUGCCCUCUGCACGCUCACGCCCGGUUCAUGGGCGGUGGAGUGCCUGUUGGGCCCGAAGCGAGGGGCACUGAGUACUCUUUGGAUCUCUGGAAUCGGGCUCGCGUGUGUCGGGCUGCGCUCGCGGAUGAAGAAGGAGGACCAGAUGCUAAAAGAUCGAUUCGAGAAGGAAUGGGAUGACUGGGCGCGGAAGAAUCGGGUCAUGUGCACAUUCUCUCCUUUCCUUUUAACCACCACUUCCUCCAAGUCGAUGGAUUCAGAAGGACGAACACGCUCCACAAGCCCACCGCCACGCCCCUUCAAACGCUCCAGGGACGGCCCCGGGCCGCAACGUCAUCCAACACUCUAUCUAGAUGCGGCUGAUCUUUGCGUCAUCCGGGUCAAGCAAACACUAUUCAAGAUUCAUCGCAGCUUCCUACUAAACAUGCAGGCGGUUCCAGAGUUCUCUGUCCUCUUCGAACGCCAGGGCACAACUGACGACGAUCCUGUCGACCUUCUAGACGAUGCGCCGGAAGACUUUGCGGCUUUGCUGAAAUUUGUUUGUCGUGGUCCCCACCCUCAGUAUACCACCCCGCCAUUCUCCGAACUAAGCGAUGUGUUUGGCAUCGGCCGACUUGCAAUCAAGUACGACAUGCCCGACUGGAAAACCUGGGUGUCCACCGCCAUCUAUGUCUUCGCUUGUAAUCACAAGGAUGAACUCACCUCCAGCAACUUCGUCACGUCUUUCGACAUCGCACAUGGUAUCAAGAGCGAACACGUCCAGGGCGCAAUUGUCGAGGCAUGGCUGCCUCGCCUAUCUUCUGGGAAUCUUCCCAUCGGUCCGGCUCUGAAGGCAGCCGCAAAGCAUAACAACCGGCCAUUCCUGGCCGCGCUGUACGAAAACGAGCUCAAAAAGUUGUCCGCUGCGCCGCUCGACCAGUGGAGUCUGAGUGGCAUGGACAACGUUCAUCAGAAACGCAUCUUGGCGGGAUACUAUUCACUCAGCACCAGGUGGACAGCCUUCUCUGCAAUGCCGCUCACCGGCAGCCUGCCCAUCGCGAAGGCCGCUUGCAGACCGCCGGAGCCUGGACAGCACAGCGCAACAUGCCUCUCGAGCUUCACCGCGGCCUGGAACGAGGCGCUUGGAACCGCGGUAGAGGCGUAUCCACGGGUGCACCAAAUGCGCGAACGUGUCGCGCAACUCCAGAGGACGCUGGAGGAGACGUCCAAGAGCCAGUCGCGGCGCGGCAUCUGUCGGUACUCCAAAACGGAGAACGAUGCGCUGAGCAAGGAAUGUGAAAAGCUGACAAGUUAUGAGCGCUAUUUCUUUGCCAUGCGUUAA